AUGCCUUGCCUUCACCAGAGACCCCCCUUCCGUGCUGAGCACUUGGGCUCCCUCCUCCGCCCCCAGCAGCUCUUGGACACCAAGCUCGCCCACGAGGCCGGCAAGGUCUCCGAUGCUGAGUUGGCUGUCGUUGAGGACAAGGAAGUCACCGACAUCGUCAAGAAGCAGCUGGAGCUCGGUUACCCGGCCGCUUCUGACGGUGAAUACCGUCGUCACAUGUUCUGGGGUACCUUCUUCCCCGGUCUGGAUGGCUUCGAGGAGAUCACCGACUUCGAGACCGACAUCUUCCGCUCUUACGCUCCCGAUAUCGCUGCCUUCCUCGAGGCUGGCCACAAGCCCGGUGAGACCGUCAUCUGCACUGGAAAGAUCAAGCACGUUGGCUCCACCUACGUCGACCAGUUCAAGUACCUCGCUAGCCAGGUCCCCGCCGACCAGGUCAAGAACCUGAAGAUCACUCUCGCCGCUCCUAACUGGUACCACCUGCGCUACGUCGAGGGUAAGGCUUACCCCAAGGACGUGUACAGCUCCGAUGAGGAGUACUUCGGUGAUAUCGCCAAGGCCUACCAGGCCGAGCUGAAGAUCCUGUACGAGGCCGGUUGCCGUAACGUCCAGUACGACGACCCUAACCUUGCCUACUUCUGCUCCGAGAAGUUCCUUGACGGCUUCAAGGCUGACCCCCUGAACGUCUACACCGCCGACGACAUGUUCGAGAAGUACAUCAAGCUGUACAACGACUCCGUCGCCGGUCUCCCCGAGGACCUGCACAUCGGUGUCCACCUGUGCCGCGGUAACUUCGUUGGCAGCCGUCACUUCUCCGAGGGUGGCUACGACCGCAUCGCCACCAAGCUCUUCCAGGAGCUCAACAUGCACACCUACUACCUCGAGUACGACACCGAGCGUGCCGGUGGCUUCGAGCCCCUCAAGCACCUCCCCACCCACAAGAACGUCAUCCUGGGUGUCGUCACCUCCAAGUUCGCCACCAUGGAGGACAAGGAAGAGAUGAAGGCUCGCGUUAUCAACGCCGCCAAGAUCAUCGCCGAGGGCAACAACAUCACCCUCGAGGCUGCCCUUAACCAGGUCGGCGUCAGCCCCCAGUGUGGAUUCGCUUCUCACCGUGAGGGUAACGCCAUCGACUGGGAUGGCAUGAUCAACAAGCUCACCUUGGUUCGUGAGAUUGCCAACGACAUCUGGCCCGGUCAGCUGUAA